GGUGAGGUGGAUCGUUGUUUGCAGCCCGGGCUCACAGCUAUUCAGGGACAGGUUUGACUGGUUUCUCCUGCACAAUACCUGUGUCUCUGCCUCUCUUGCUCAUUUAUACCAGCAGAGAGGAAGGAGGAGGUGAAUCGAUAAAAGGGCUGUGGAAAAAGCAAAAGGCUUCUCUGUAUAUUUCAACAUUUGAACCAGAAAGGGAUUUCAAGAUGCCUGAGGAUGGAGAAUAUUACGGAAAGCACGGUGAGCCCAGGAAGUAUGACCCGACCUUCAAGGGCCCGAUCCAGAACAGGGGCUGCACAGACAUCGUGUGCUGCAUCCUCUUCGUUCUUGCCAUACUGGGUUAUAUUGCAGUAGGAAUACUUGCUUGGUCCCAGGGUGACCCCAGAAAGGCAAUCUAUCCCACAGACAGUCGAGGCCAGUUCUGUGGGCAGGCUGGCACUCCACUUGAGAACAAGCCACUGUUGUUCUACUUCAACAUCAUGAAGUGUGCCAGUCCCAUGGUGCUGCUGGAGUUCCAGUGUCCGACCACACAGAUGUGUGUGGAGAAGUGCCCUGAAAAGUUCAUGACAUUACUCAAAGCCUACAACAACAAAAAUGACUUUGACUACUACAAGAAGUUCUGCCAGGAGGGUGUGACUAACAACAUGGGUAUACCAGAGAUCCUUAGGUUAGGUCUCUGUCCUGCCAUGCUGAUCCCCAGCAACCCAUUCACACGCAGGUGUUUCCCAGCUUUGGGGCAGAAAGGAGGGGUGAUCACUGUGGGAAACACCUCUCACUUUGACGAUGGAACUGGAAAAAUGCGAGAUGCCAAGGAUCUUGUGGAUGGAGUCAAGAAUGCCACUGUGGUUAUUGAGGCUCGUCAGGUGGUCAUGAAAAUCUUUGAGGAUUACACACAGUCCUGGUACUGGAUUCUCAUAGGGCUGGUUAUUGCUAUGCUCACCAGCCUGCUCUUCAUCAUCCUCCUGCGCUUCCUGGCGGGGAUCAUGGUCUGGAUCAUGAUAGUCAUGGUGAUACUGGUCAUAGGAUAUGGUAUCUUCCACUGCUACAUGGAGUAUGCUGCCCUGAAGGGAGAGCCAGGAGCUAAUGUGACUCUGCAGCAGCUGGGCUUCCAGACAGACUUCUCAGUCUACCUGCAGAUCCGACAGACCUGGCUGGCCUUCAUGAUCAUCCUGGCCAUUGUGGAGGUCAUCAUCAUCCUGCUGCUCAUCUUCCUCAGGAAAAGGAUUCUCAUCGCCAUCGCUCUCAUCAAAGAGGCCAGCAGAGCCAUUGGACAUAUGAUGUGUUCUCUUUUCUACCCACUGUUCACUUUCCUCCUCCUGGCCAUAGUUAUCGCCUACUGGGCAGUUACUGCUGUUUUCUUGUCUACCUCCAAUGAGCCCAUCUAUAAAGUUUUCAAUGAGACACAGUGUGACCACUCAAGGAAGAUUUGUGACCCAGCUAACUACUCGGCCAGUCCUAUGAAAGCGCAGUGCCCUGACUCCCAGUGCCUUUUUGCCUUCUACGGAGGAGAAACCAUUUACCACAAGUACCUGAUCGGCCUGCAGUUCUACAACGUCUUCCUCUUCUUCUGGUGUGCCAACUUCGUCAUUGCCCUGGGGCAGAUGACGCUGGCCGGGGCCUUCGCCUCGUACUACUGGGCCUUUGUCAAGCCAGACGACAUGCCUGCCUUCCCAGUGUUUUCUUCCCUAGGGAGAUCUCUCAGGUAUCAUACAGGAAGUCUGGCGUUUGGUGCCCUUAUUCUCUCCAUAAUCCAGAUCAUCAGGGUUCUGCUGGAGUAUCUGGACCACAAGCUCAAAGGAGCCCAGAAUAAGUUUGCAAAGUUCCUGUUGUGCUGUCUGAAGUGCUGCUUCUGGUGUCUGGAGAAAUUCAUCAAGUUCCUGAACAGAAAUGCCUUCAUUAUGGUGGCGAUUUAUGGCAAAAACUUUUGCACCUCGGCCAGAGAUGCCUUCUUCCUCCUCAUGAGGAACAUGAUCAGAGUGGCUGUCCUGGAUAAAGUGACAGAUUUCCUCCUGUUUUUGGGCAAACUGCUCAUCGUUGGGCUUGUGGGGGUGUUUGCCUUCUUCUUCUUCUCUGGGAGGGUGAAGGCCUUUGAGAACACGGCUCCCAACCUCCACUACUACUGGGUGCCGAUCAUAACUGUGGUGAUUGGUUCAUACCUCAUCGCCAAUGGAUUCUUCAGCGUGUACUCCAUGUGUGUGGACACUCUGUUCCUCUGUUUCUGUGAAGACCUGGAGCGCAAUGACGGUUCAGCCGCAAGGCCUUAUUACAUGUCGUCAACCCUUCAUGAGAUUCUGUGGAAGAACAAGGCAGAGGAUCCGUCUUCGUCCUCUGCUCAUCAACUCGACAACGAAGACAUCCAGUUGGAACAACAGCAGGCUAAAGAGGAGGACGCGUCUUAAAGAGGAGGGGUUUUGUAGGAAAGACACUCAAGUUUUUUCACAGAAUUACAGUCACAACAAAAUCCAACACUUUCUUUUUCUUUUCUUUUUUUAAAUGCUGCAGUUUAAACCUGUCUUAAAUGAUGACAGUAAGGAACUGGAACUUUGCUGUUGCCUGCUGGGAAAUUCUCUUUUGCACUAAACCCACUUGUCUCACAGAGGCUGAUUGUGGAGCAACGAUCGAACACAAAGCCUUAAAGCGGCAGGGGUUCAGUGUUCAGUGCUUCACAGUGGAUACAACCCUCUGAGUUGCAGACUGAAUGAAAGACUGUCUCCUUUAUCCACAGCUGACUGGUGCAUAACAUUUCCCUUAACUGUCCUUCAACACAAGGAAACAUGGAGGAACAAGAUGUUGAAGAUGUUGUUUUCUUAACUGACCAUUCACUAAAUCCCUCCUCCAGACAGUGAUUGUCCAAUCAUAGCUUAGAGACCGUUUUCCAAAAUUAAAAACAUAAGAGCAGCAGUGACUUGAAAAGACAAUCUGAUUAUCUGCUCUAACAAGGUGCAGUCAUUAGCAUGUCCAGCUACCUAGCUUACUACCUGUAGUAGAAACCCAGCUUUACUUCAGAGGCCAAGGAGUAGCAUCAUUAUCAAACCCCAUUUUGUGGCUCCAUUCGUGACUAAGACAUGCUUCAUGUGCUGUGACACAAUGGGAAGCAGUAGCAACAGUAACUGGGGGAUCCAGGGCUCAGCGAAUGGUCAAUCGAACGUCAAGCAUGAAUGAGCACUUUAAAAUGUGCACAGGAGUAUCACACAUACACAGGUUACUGCAUGAUUAAUAUGGUGGUCAGCUGUCGGAGGUGAUGAGAUUUAAUUAGUUUAGAAACUUUCUCUUGCUGACAGCCAGGUCUCUUUCUUCAUGUUUUAAUGACAUGGUGCUCAGAGCGUCCGUAGCUGGUUUAUCGUAGUCUUUGGUGUGAGGGGGAGAAACUGCUUCACUGAGCACCUUGACGUUAUUUGAAUGGCUUACUCCGAGGUAAACUUGACGUGUCUGAAUUUGCAUUUUAAUAGUUCCUCCCACUGCCACUGGCCAACUGAAACUUGAAGCCGUUCAUGUGCCUAAUUUACAGUGUUAACGUCGGCCUGUUUGCUCCUGUGACUUAAAACUUUAAGGGUACCUAACUGUUUACAGUUUCUGCAGUCAGAACCACAUGAUCAUCAGUACUACUUCUUUUUUUUUUAGUAUUUUUUAGUAUGCUGUACUAUCAAUGCACUUUAAUUUCUGUUUACACAAAGCCAUAAAAGAUUUGUAUCUGUAUGAAUGAAUAAUAGUGAUUUUCUUGAACCUAGUUGUUUUUUUUUAGUCUCAUAUGUUGAAGUUUUUUCUGUAAACCGGUGUCGGUUUGCAGUCAGUACUCCUUUACAAAGGAAUGUGUGUUUGGCAGUAAAGCUGGUUCAAUAAACAGUAUUUGAAACAACAAAUCUUGACAGUGUAAAACAACAGGAUUUAAACUCUUUAAAUAGAUCCAUGUUGUUAGCAAAUGAACUGUUGAUUAAAGUUAUACGCCUUUAUUUCUGGAGAACUAGAAACAAGCCAAAUUAAUAUUGUCCUUCUUCAGAUUAACCUCAACCUUUAAUGACCUUUAAU